AUGUCGACUCAAAGCUUUGAUCCCAACAAUGCUCAGAAUCUCAUCGAGAUAGAGAAGCAAUUUGCAGUGAAAGCGGUCGAACAUGCUCAGACAUACUGGAACCUGCUCGAGAAAGUUCAUCCGCGUUCACUCAAAUUGACAAAGCUUGACGACGAGAUAUACGAACAUACCAUGUCGACGUUCCCUGAGUUCAAUGAGGAAAAUCAUGCACAUCUUGUCAGGCUUGACGAGGACUGGCUCAAGAGCGACAUUGGAAAAAAGAAGUGGAGAGAGUUUUGUCAAGUGUAUGAAAAAAAAGUGAAAGAUUACAAUUUUGGGUCUCUCAUCCGCACGGAUGCAAGGAAAGAGUACGGGGAGACAAACACCAUCUUCGUCACACGAAUACAGUUCUACGCUAUUGAGAUUGCCCGGAAUCGGCUGGGACUAAAUGACGGAGCACAUGAAAUUGCCAAGGCAGAUGCCGAGAAGGAGAGGUUGAAGAAGGAGAAAGCAGCGAAGAAAAAUGGCACAUCAUAG